UUCAGAUAUGUCAUGAGAAGCCCAACUCAAGAACUCAGAAACACCACAGAGAUUGAAAAGUCAUCACAAUGUUCCGAAAACAGUCAAGAUAAUUCGAACUUUCCUUUCUUCGAACUUCCGUUGGAACUCUGCGUCCGCAUUCUGAAACUUUUGCGGCAGGAUGAGAGUGUAUCGCCUUGGAAUCGUGGGCAUUUUCGCGACAUUCGCCUUGCCUGCCGAGCGAUGAAUGACAUCGUGGAAAAGAACAGAGCUACGAUCGGGCUAAGAAUGAAGAGAAUAUUUGUCGGUCAGCGCAGUAAAUCCUACGGAGUUUUGAGAUGUCUCGUCGCAUCAACACCUAGCGAUUUACCGAAGUGUUUGGAUUCAUGUGCACAAGCUUACAUUGAACAGAUCGUGUUCGAUACAGUCGCGCUUGACUCCUUUACGAUCCAGCCUAUAACUGAUAGCCUGCGACAGAAUCAUAUACAUGUAAAAGGAAUGAUCCUGUACGGCGUUGAUGUCACCUGCAAAGCAAAUUUGCUGGUCGACCUGCUCAAAGCUGCAAAAAGUUCAAUUUUAUUUAUGAUUGACUGUAAGCUCGAUAGUGAGCUGGCAGAGCUCCUUGCUCAUCACGAGAUAAUUGCAGAGCAACUGCAAUCUCAUUUUAUUGGAUCCUGCGACAGCUUUGAAGUAUAUUGGAGCAUAAUCAUCGAGCAAGCUGAUUAUUUGAAGCAUUUCAUAGAGCUCACGCUUCCAUCAAUAACAGAUCUUGGCCGUGCGCUAGUCGCACAGACCAUGUUGAAUGAUACAGACCAUGGACGACGAUAUCGCCUCUAUCGUGAUAACGGCCGUGAAUGCGAUGUUGAGGUCACAAGUCGACCAUUGAAGAAGCUCGAAGCAUCCAGUCCAGACAUAAGCCAGUUUUAUGAAUUCCGUUCGGAACAUGGCGGUUCAUAUUAUGAAUCAGCCAGUUUGCAAGGCCAUCGUUCAAGUUCAUACAGUAGUCAUAUUGAUGCAGAUACCUUUUUCCAUUCAGGCUUAUAUGGUAUUAAUCUUUUAAUAUGAAUCCUCAGUUUUUCCAUGUGUACCCUUUGAUUCAACUGGCUUUAAAGCUACGUAAUGUUCAGAGAGAGCACGC